AUACCUUUGUGACAUAGCCAAAUCACUCCUCCACCGCUGUCGCGUACCAGAGAAUCUGUUGAAAACUUAAUCAUCCUCUCGAUCCGAACACCGUAACUCUCACACGCUCGCAGUCAUGUCCGACUUUAACGCCAUCGCCCAGCAGUUUGUGCAGUUCUACUACGAGACCUUCGAUAAAAACCGCGCCGGUCUCGCUUCCCUCUACAAAGAGCAUUCUAUGCUCACCUUUGAGCAGACGCCAACACAGGGAUCUGCUGCCAUUGUAGAGAAGCUCCAGAACCUGCCAUUCCAGCAGAUACAACAUCGCACAGAUACCGUUGAUGCUCAGCCUUCCGCUGAAGAUGGCAUCAUGGUCCUUGUUACGGGCGCGCUCAUGAUCGGGGGCGAAGAAAAGCCAAUGAGCUUCACCCAGGCAUUCCAGCUUAAGAACGACAACGGCACCUGGUUUGUUCUCAACGAUGUUUUCCGUCUGGUAUACCCCGCUGCAUAGGCAGCCAGCUGCGCUCGGUGGAUUGGUUCCCGCUGUUGGGACUUGGGACAAAGUGUAGAGUGCUGCGUACAGUUUGAGGGUGUGGAAACAGACGGGAGAUCUCUUUGGAAUCUCGAGGGCUUUGGCAGACGACAAUGCAAGUUACAAAUGAAAUUAAAAAAAACAUUGCAACGG